UCAAACUGAAAGUAUAUCUCACUAAUUUAAAUGAAUAUGAGAGAAACGAAAACAAGAAAAUUAUUUUGAUUGGUUCUUUAUUAAUUCGGGGGUUCUUUUUUACAUUUUUUUUGUGUUUUUCACUAUUUCUUGAAAUGCCACGCGAAAUUAUUACACUCCAAGUAGGUCAAUGUGGAAAUCAAAUCGGUAUGGAAUUUUGGAAACAGUUGUGCUUAGAGCAUGGGAUUGGAACAGAUGGAUUUUUACGAGAACAAAAUAAAUCCACAGAAGAUAGAAAAGAUGUCUUUUUUUAUCAAGCUGAUGAUGAACAAUACAUUCCGCGAGCUAUUCUCUUCGAUUUAGAGCCACGCGUCGUUAAUAUGAUUAAAGCAUCUGAGUAUGGUCGACUAUACAAUCCUGAAAACUUGUUCAUCUCUAAGGAAGGUGGAGGCGCAGGCAAUAAUUGGGCUAGCGGGUUUACCCAAGCGGAAAAAAUGCAAGAAGAACUUUUUGAAAUCAUUGAUCGUGAAGCUGACGGUUCUGAUAGUUUAGAAGGAUUCGUUUUAUCUCAUUCUAUAGCUGGUGGCACCGGAUCGGGCAUGGGUAGUUAUCUUCUCGAAUCGUUAAAUGAUAGAUAUCCAAAGAAACUACUGCAAACAUACUCAGUAUUUCCAAUGUUGUCAACCGAGUCAAGUAGUGAUGUCGUGGUUCAACCGUAUAACAGCCUUUUAACUUUAAAGCGUCUUUCAGUUAAUGCGGAUAGUGUUGUUGUUCUCGAUAAUGCGGCUCUUAAUCGCAUAGCAGUUGAUCGUUUAAACCUAUCCAAUCCUAGUCUAUCGCAAACAAAUGCUUUAGUUUCAACUGUUAUGGCCGCAAGCACUGCAACACUACGCUACCCUGGUUAUUUAAAUAAUGAUCUUUUAGCGCUUGUAGCUUCACUAGUUUUAACUCCCAGAUGCCAUUUUUUGAUGACUGGAUACACUCCACUGACGUUACAUAAACAACCUACCAAUUCAGUACGUAAAACAACCGUGUCCGAUGUAAUGCGACGUCUUCUUCAAACAAAAAAUAUUAUGGUUUCCGUUCCUAUGAAAAGCGGUUGUUAUUUAUCUAUACUGAAUAUCAUUCGUGGCGAAACAGAUCCGAUCGAGAUACACAAAAGUUUACGUCGUGUUCGCGAACGUCGCCUUGCCAAUUUCGUCAAAUGGGCUCCGGCUUCCUUAUUGGUAGCGACCUCCAGGCAAUCUCCUUAUAUCAAAACUCCUCACAAAGUAUGCGGAUUAAUGAUGGCAAAUCACUCUUCUAUUGCUUUUUUAUUCGAAAGAUGUUUACAACAGUAUCAGCGUCUUAUGAGUCGUAGAGCUUUUCUCGAAAAUUAUAGAAAAGAGUCUAUUUUUUCGGAUAAUCUUGAUGAAUUCACUGAUUCUAUGGAAGUCACUCAAGAACUUGUUCAAGAAUAUCGUAAUACAGAAUCGAACGACUUUCAUGGAUUUUCAGUUCCACAACAUCUUGACGGCCCUGCACAUACUCUUCAAGCAACAAACUAUUAAUAAAAUUGUCUUUGGCGACCAAACUCGUUGACGAAUGUGUUACUUUCAUAUUUCGUACAAAACAUAAGACUUUCUUAAGAGAGUUGCCACUUUAACAAAAUGUGAAUCAUUUUAAGACAAUGCUAUUCACCUCACAAUUUUUUUUGUUGGUUUCUUUUUGUCUAAAUUACUGUUUAAUUUUUUACUUUACCCCAGAGAUUUUCUCAAGUUUUCACAUUCAUCUCA